AUGCCAUCUUCUCUAGGUUCCCACACUGUCUCACAUACUUCUGCAACAGACUCAGAACCUGUGAGGUUUGUUCAUACUUCAGAGGCCCGCCGUUUGCUUCCUUCCGCAAGUCGUUGGAAUUCUAUAGAAAUUGACUUUAACCUUCUUCCUCAGUCUACCAUGGCCAACGAUUCAAUCCCUUCUCAGUACUCCAAGUCCUACCAAUACAAUCUUGUUAUCACAGAUAAAAAGUACUUUAAACGUUGUCUUUACAUUUCUGUCUCCACAGUUUUUCUUAUCCUAGCUCUACUUUUACUGCUACACUUUUUGCCCUCAGAACAUCAUCACGAUCGUCCUUCAAAGAAUCUUACACUUGCAUUGAACCAAGCUCUAACGUUCUUCGAUGCUCAAAAGUCUGGGGUGUACCCCAAUAACAGUCCGGUAAAAUUUCGAGCAAGUUCAGGAUUGCAAGAUGGGAACUCAGGCAGUAAACCGGUUAAUCUUGAGGGUGGUUUCUAUGAUUCUGGCAACAACAUAAAAUUCAGCUUCCCUACAGCUUAUACUGUAACCCUGUUGAGUUGGAGUGUGAUUGAAUAUCAUGACAAGUAUGCUGAUAUUGGUGAGCUUGAUCAUGUCAAGGACAUAAUCAAAUGGGGAAGUGAUUAUUUGCUCAAACUCUUUGUUCCCCCUAACACAACUUCAGAUACCAUAUUGUAUUCUCAGAUUGGAAGUGCAAACAGCGAUGCCAAGGUUCCUAAUGAUAUAAACUGCUGGCAAAGACCUGAAGACAUGAACUACAAGAGAACCGUUUCAUUUUGCGAUAACACAGCUUCCGAUUUAGCAGGGGAAAUUGUUGCAGCAUUAUCAGCUGCUUCAUUAGUGUUCAAAGAAAACAAUGUUUACUCAGGAGAAUUAGUCACAGCAGCUGAGAAGCUAUUUGAGAGUGCAAUUACUAAGCUAGACACUGCUAGGCAAGGAACAUACACUAAGGUUGAUGCUUGUGGAGGAGAAGCUAUAAAUUUUUAUAACUCAUCUGGUCACCAAGAUGAACUGGUCUGGGGAGGAACAUGGCUAUUUUUUGCUACUGGUGACAAUUCAUAUUUAGGAUAUGCCACAGAAGAAUUUGACUACGCAGUGGGGAAUGAAACAAGUGCUGAUAAAGGGGUUUUCUACUGGAACAACAAGCUUACUGCCAACGCGGUGUUGCUAACGCGUCUGCAAUUUUUUCAUGAUCUUGGCUUCCCGUAUGAAGCUUCUUUAGGCGCAUCCUCAGACAUGACGGACUCCCUCAUGUGUUCUUAUCUUUCUUCCCAGAAAAUGACGCCAGGUGGAUUGAUCAUCCAAAGGCCUAAUCUUGGGGCAGCUCGUCUGGAGUAUGCCGCAACAGCAUCCUUUCUUAGUAAAUUGUACAGCGACUACCUUUAUCUUGUGCGGAGUUCUGGUAGGAGUUGCAGAGGUUUCGGCUUUUCCCUGGAUAUGCUGCGCAAUUUCUCCACGUCUCAGGUAAAUUACAUUCUAGGAGAGAAUCCAAUGAAGAUGAGCUACAUGGUUGGGUUUGGAGAUAAGUUUCCAAGCCAAGUGCACCAUAGGAGCGCAUCAAUCCCUUGGGAUGGUCAAUAUUACUCUUGCAAGGACGGAGAAGAUAGAUGGCAAUUCUCCAAAGACCCAAAUCCCAAUUUGCUUUUGGGAGCAAUGGUAGCAGGACCUGACCAAUUUGACAAAUUUAUAGAUCAAAGGGACAAACAAGAGUUCACUGAGCCUAGCAUAUCAAGCAAUGCUGGCUUAGUUGCAGCACUCAUUGCACUUCAUGCUCCUCCUUAUCUUCCUUCUUCGAAAACCAAAGGCAUGAAUUUGGGCAUAGACCAGAUGGGUAUCUUUAAACACUUACACGAAACGAUGAUAACACUAUUUUGUUAUAUUCGGCCAAUCACAUUAUGUCAAAUGUGA